AUGCUUGAUUUAGAAAAGAGCAACGAUGCUCAGUCUAUGAUCUCUCGUCACACAGAUGAAUAUAAUCUCUACGUUGCAAAAUCUACACCUUCUGCAAAUUUGGCAGACCAUGAAGGGCACCAGUUGAAAAAGGGACUUCACGCUAGACAUGUUACCAUGAUCGCUAUAGGUGGUGCUUUGGGAACUGGUUUAUUAAUUGGUACUGGUUCGGCAUUGGCUAAAGCUGGGCCAGGUUCGAUUUUAAUAUCUUACUCUGCUAUUGGGUUUGUAGUCUACAUGGUUAUGUGUGCAUUGGGUGAAGUUGCUACGUUCAUUCCAUUGGCUGAUGGGUUUGCAGGUUAUUGUAACAGAUACGUAGAUCCUGCUUUGGGAUUUGCAUGCGGUUAUGUCUAUCUUUUCAAAUAUCUUGUUUUACCAGCAAAUCAAUUGGUUGCUGGUUCCUUAGUGAUGCAAUAUUGGGUUUCAAGGGAUACUUUGAAUCCCGGAGUAUGGAUCACUAUUUUCCUCCUCAUCAUCGUAGCUGUCAAUAUUUUGGGUAUUAAAUUCUUUGGUGAAAUUGAAUUUUGGUUGUCUUCUUUAAAAGUUGUUACAUGCUUGGGUUUAAUUUUGUUAUUGUUUAUCAUUGCUUUAGGAGGUGGUCCAACCCAUGAUAGGUUAGGUUUUAGAUACUGGAAAAAUCCUGGUGCAUUCAAGUCUUACGCUGAUUCGACUAAAGAUUUACAUAUUGAAGGAGCUAAGGGUAGAUUUGUUGCCUUUGUAUCUGUCCUUGUUACCGCCGUGUUCGCUUACUUGGGUACCGAAUUGUGUGGUAUUACAUUUGCUGAAUGUGAAAGACCUAGAAAGGCAAUUCCAAAGGCCAUCAAGUUAACUUUUUACCGUAUUGUUGUCUUUUACUUACUUUCUAUUUUAUUCCUUGGUAUGUGUGUUGCUUAUAAUGAUCCUUUGUUGGUAUCAGCCAAGGGAAGUACCGCAGCAGCUUCACCCUUUGUCAUUGCCAUCAAAAAUGCAAAUAUACCUGCCCUUCCACAUAUUAUCAAUGGUUGUAUCUUAUUGUUUGUUUUGUCAGCCGCAAAUUCUGAUAUGUACAUUUGCUCAAGAACAAUUUACGGUUUAGCAGUUGCAGGUUAUGCUCCAAAAUUUUUCUCAAGAACAAACAAAAUGGGUGUUCCAUACUUCGGAGUUGGAUUAAGUUUCCUCUUCUGUUUAUUGGGAUAUAUGACAGUUUCAUCCGGAUCUUCAACUGUUUUCACAUACUUUGUUAAUGUGGUUUCGUUGACUGGUUUAAUUGCCUGGGCUUGUAUUUUGUUCCUUCAUAUCAGAUUCAUGAUGGCAUGUAAGGCUCAAGGUAUUGAUCGUAAGAGAGACUUGGUAUACCGUUCUCCAUUGCAACCAUAUGGAUCAUAUAUUGCGUUCUCUCUUUGCGUUCUUGUCAUUUUUAUUAAGAAUUUCACUGUAUUCUUGGGUGAUUCAUUUACAUAUAAAGACUUUAUUACUGGGUACAUUGUUUUACCAGUUUUCGUUAUUAUGUAUAUUAGUUUCAAAGUUUACCACAAGACUAAGAUGUUUAAGCCUGAAGAAGUCGACUUGGUUACUUACAGAGAUGUGAUCGAUGCAGAAGAAGAGAGAUUUGCUGCUGAAUACGAAGAGAGGAAAGCGGUUAGAGAAGCUAGUGGAAAUCCAAAAGAUAAAGAAUGGUAUUAUGAAACAUUCCUCGGAUGGUUAUUCUAA